AUGGCGACGUCCAAGCGCGACGACGACGCGCGCGGCGCGCGUGUACGUGCCGACGACGAUGAUCCAUCGUCGGCGGCGUCCGCGAGCGCGCGAGCGUCGUGCGCACCGCUGUCCGACGUCGUCGCCUUUCACGAGCGCCUGCGCGGGGUGUUCGGCUGGCAACUCCUCGCGUUCGUGUUCUCCGCCGAUUUCUUCGUCAAGGGCGCGGCGAAGCACAUGAUCAGCACCACUUCGCUGCCGUACGCGCAGCGGUACCUGAAAUUCUCCGCGCAGGCGUUCCAGCGCUUCGAAGUUCUCGUGAGCUUUCCUUGGAUGUUGAAGCCAUUCAUGGGCAUGGUGACGGACACGACGCCGGUAUUUGGGUAUCGCAAGAGGUACUAUCUCGCCACGUUCGCCGUCACGGGGCUAGUUGCGAUCAUAGUUCUUGCGACGAAGACGUUCUCGUCCGACGACGCGACGUGGUACACAGUAUUUGUGUUGGCGACGAACAUGCUGUUGGCGUUUGGGGACUCGCUCGCGGGAGCGAGGGUGUUCGAGGCGAUGUCCGAGGUGCAACGGAUCGGUGGGGAUUUAAUGACGUAUAGCUGGACCGUGGCUACUGUGGGGAGCAUCUUCGGGACGCUGUUGGCGUACAUCGGGUUGUCGCGAGGCGAUUAUAAGCUUAUAUUUUGGCUCGUGACGCCUUUCGUGGCGCAGUUUGCGUUCACCACCGCGUACGGGUUGUUACCGGAAGAGCGCGUGGGGAGUGAUUUCAACGCGCACGCGCUCGCGAAGAAGUAUUGGAACGUGUUCGUCGUGACCGUUACCAUCACCCUCGCUUCCGUCGGGGUGGUCAGCAUGCAACUCGUAGACGCGUUUGAGACGGAUCUCGCGCUUUGCGUCUCGACUUGUUUCGGCAUCUUGCUCAUCAUGACGGGAGUCGUGUACGCGCAUUUGGAGCGGGAUGAGGCUUGCUUACUCAUUUAUGUCGCCGUCGAUCGCGUUCUCGGCGUGAACGUGAGGCAGGCAAAGACGUACUGGUACACCGAAGGCGCCAAGUGCGUGCCCGAUGGCCCGCACUUUAGCUACGUGUUUUACAGCGUCACCACCUUUCUUUUCUCCCUCGGGGCGCAAAUGAUCGGCAUCUGGCUCUUUCAGAAAUAUUUGAGUCGUUCGAAAAUACGCAGCGUAUUUCUCGCGUGCGCGCUCACGAAGGUGAUCGCCAAGCUGGGGGAUAUAUGGAUCAUCUUGCGCUGGAACAUCGCCAUGGGCAUCGACGAUCGCAGCGCGUACGUCAUGGGCGAGGGCAUCAUCGAGGGAAUCGCGUAUGUUUUGACGUACAUGCCAGCGAAUGCGGUGCUGUCGAAGAUCGUAGACAAAGAAGUAUCGUGUACGAUGUACACCCUGCUCGCCGGGGUGGUGAACGUCGCCUCGGGCGUGGCGCUCACGCUCGGGUCGGCGUCGAUGACGUUUGUGGGAAUCCACACCGACUUGGUGCACGGCCACUGCAACUUCGACCAACUCAUCCCUUUGUUGAUCGUAUGCGGUAUCAUCUUACCACUCUUCUCCAUACCGCUCAUUUACGUGCUCAUUCCGGAUUGGUGCAUGCACGACGACAGGAGCGGCUCGAUCGAGGAGUCGGUCAAGGCGGAGGAGAAAAAAUAG